AAAUGAUGAAAAGGUGAGAGAAUUUAAAAAACAUUAAACAAUUCAUUCAUAUUAUAAAAAGAGAGAUCAAAGAAAGAAAGUCAAAGAAAAGAAAUAAGAAUACGCGUCAUAGUUUAGUUGAAAUUGACCUUAAUAACGAAGCCACCACCACGUUGCGUCACCGAACCAAGACGCACACUGGACGGUGGACCCCAUUUCAUUCCCGAACCACAUUAGGUUCGGAUAUUCCUUUCAGUCUUUCUAUAAAUUCAUUCUUACGUGAACGAUUCGCUUCAACGCGUUCGUCAUUCUCGCUAACCAAAUUUCUCUGAUUAAGGAAAAAGUGAUAAGAGUGAAGGUGAUUCAAGAUGGCAUUAGUUUCAGGAGGAAGAUCAACACUAAACCCUAAUGCACCACUUUACAUUCCAGCUGCAUUUCGCUAUGUCGAGGAUUUUUCUCCGGAAUGGUGGCAGCUGGUGACAACACUGAAAUGGUACCAUGAUUACUGGCUUAGCCAGCAACAUGAUGACGAAGGCUUUUAUGAUGAUGUAGAUGAGUUUGACGGUAAUGAUGUCGUUGAUUUGCUUCCUGAUGCGUUUGAUCUUGAUGCGGAUGAAGAUAUUUCGAUUGAAGCUCAGCUUGAAGAGUUUAUCAAGUCUUCUGAAGCACAAGAGGAAAGUUUUGUGGAGCAAGGAGCAAAGAAAUUUAAUGGAUGAGCUAAAGAGGAAGCUUCGAACACAUCUACCAUAGACGCCGAAUGCGACGGCCUUGCCAUAGCUUUCGGUUAUUUAGCCAAUGUACCAUGUCAGUUUUAACUUUCCGUAACUUCUUGUAUAGGCAAGGUUUCAAUUUUCAAUCAUUCCUUCUUACCAAAAUCUAUGGUAAAAUAGAGAGGAAAAGAAGAAAAAAAAUGUAAAAAUAUUUCAAGUACUGAUGUUGCAAGAACUGUUAUAUGUAAUAUGACAAAAUGAAAAAAGACAAAAAAAAAAAGAAAAAGAAAAAAAAAAGAUUUGUUUACCCAUAAA